UCCUCUCCGUCCUGGCAACAGUUUCCAGCUCCCGGCAUCCCCAUGGAUCUCCUCGUCGGCAUCGGCUGCGCCAGCGCCGGGCUCCUGGCGGCGGCUUUGCUGGGCGUGGCCUAUCGCUUGGGGCUCCUCUACCAGCUCUGCCAUAAGGUGGACCCCCGGAGCCCCCGGCACGGCGGGGAGCUGGUGGCGGAGGUGCUGAAGGCGCACGGCGUCCGCUUCCUCUUCGCCCUGGCUGGCGGCCACAUCUCGCCCGUCUUGGUGGCCAGCGAGAAGUUGGGCAUCCGCGUGGUGGACACCCGGCACGAGGCCACCGCCGUCUUCGCCGCCGAUGCCGUCUCCAGGCUCUCGGGUGCGGAUGUGGAAAGGGGGGACGUCGUGCUCGGCACCUUCUUCUGCCCCAGCCCCGGUGGUUGCGGUAUCACUUACGGCUGA